AUGAAAAAGUUACUAAGCGACAUAGUAUUCGAGAUUAAAAAAGCAGUAAAGAAAGAAAUAGGCUCAUUUAGCGAAGCGCUCAGCUCUUAUUGUCAAAAACUGGACGGAAUGAUGGACACUUUAGCGAUGAUUACCGGAAAAAUAAAAGAACUGAAAAACAAGAAUACAUAUUUAAUGAACCAAAACAAACAUCUAGAGCUGAAAAUCGAUGUCAUGGAACAAUAUAUUAGAAGCCUUGAGCAAAAACAGCUUAAUAAUACAUUCGAAUUAGCACGAGUACCCGAAAUAAAAGACGAAAAUACGGAAAUUAUUCUAAAUAUAUUAGCUACGAAGCUAAAUAUUGGGAAAAAAGAAAUAACAAACAGUUAA